AUGAAGACCCAGAAGGCCGGGGCUCCCGGGGGCCAGACACCAAGCUCUCCUUCCCCACGCCAACGGAUGUCUGGUUUCAGCCUGCGGGGUCGGAAGAAGGAGGGCCUGAUCCGCGGCGAGCUGCGCAUCCACUCCAUGCCAGGAGCCUUCCUGGUGCUGGGGUUCAUCGUGGUGGUGGUGGGCACGGCCCUGGCAGUGGCUGGGUACUGGCCCUACCGGACCCAGCGUUCCCAGCUGCUAGGAGUUGGACAACAAGGCUCUGGUUCUGUAGACGGGGCAGGAGGAGUUAGAGGUGGGGGUGUCUCUGAACCCCAGUCAUCCGGUUGGAACCUGGGGGCUAAGAGACUCCUGACCACGGCCAGUCUGAUCCACAGUGAGCGGAUGAAGCUCCUGGGACCAGUCAUCAUGGGCGUGGGGCUGUUCAUCCUCAUCUGUGCCAACACGGUGCUGUACGAGAACCGCGACAGGGAGACCCAGAUGCUGCUGGCCCAGAUGCGAAGCGUCAUCUGCUCGGUGUCGGCGGCCGUGCCCUCGGCAGACCUCUCAGACAUGUCAGCAGCCAACUCCAUGGCCAGACACUACCAGUGGGUGAGCAGUCUGCCUGCCACCCACCUUAACAUCCUCUAUCUGCAGCAGCUGGCCAGCUCAGAGCCCCUGCUGCAGACGACCAAAGACAGCAGAGAGGAGGAGGAGAGGGCUGACUAUACGUACCAGCAGGCCACCGUACAGACGGAGGCUCUACACCACCAGGACUCAGCCUCCACCCCUUCCCUCCACUCCUCCCACUCCAACUCAUGCAACUCCAGCAAGAUGGGCUUCAACACGGGGAGGGACGGUGGUGGUGGUGGGCCAAGGGUAGGGGGCUUCAGCCCGGACCCCCAGCCCGCUCACCUCUUUAAGCUCAACAACUGUCUGGUGUCAGCCAGCUCCCUGUCCACUCUGGGAGGGGACGACUGGGAGAGGUCGGAGGUCACAGCCACGCUGCCCAGGCGCUCCCACAGUCUGAGCUACAGGACUAACCCAGGCCCUCAUGGGCCGCAGACUGUAAAAUGCCAACAGGAAGGGGCCAUACGACCCUGGGGACCUGGGGCAGACCCAGAGGGAGUGCGGAGUGAGCCCAGCUCAGACGUGUAUGUGAACAUGGUUGGGUGUGGAGGUGUGGAGCCCCCGGAGCUCACCCCCGUAGAGGAGCAGAGGCACCGCAGCUGGCCCCGGUUAGACCUGGGCUGUGCCCGCAGGUACCUGAAGCUGGACAAUAAGGAGGACUCGGUGGACAGACUACUAGACCAGUUGGAGCAGCAGUGUUCUCAGUGGGAUAACAGUUUCGGCUCAGGGCCUUUCCAGUGA